AUGCGACACUGUCGGUCGCCCUGCUGGAAAAACCCGAGGCCAAGAAAGUCAGCCGACUCAAGACCACUUACCUUGAGAAAAUCGUCCCCUUCCUCAAGGAAGAGCUCAAUUACACCAACAUUCACCAGGUAUGCUUAUGAUCCGGGUACUGUACCCAUGAUUGAUUGGAUAUCAAUGCUGUCAGAGUGUUUGGUUUACCUUCUUGCUUUCGGUCGCUUCGUGGGCGACUUAAAUUUGAGAACAGAAUUUGCUCCGGCCAAGGGUUCUCCGGCGUCUCCACCCCGGUACGCUUUCGCUCUCCAUCUUUAUGUGCUGGGUAAUACUUUGAUGGUGGGACAUUUGAACAUGUUACCAGAAAAACAGAGUCCUCACGCACAUAUUAGAGUUAAAGGGAAGCAAAAGAGGAAAAAAGGCCCAUACCUUAAGAGCGAAAAAUUGCGCACAAGACAACACCCCCAUUUCCCCUGCAAAAGAGGAAAGAGGCCCAUACCUUAA